CGGGUUUGAGGUUAGGCGAAAAGUGUCAAAGUGACUCACUUGGCAUUUCGGGUGGGGUGUCUUUUUUCACGUAUUUGCCAACAACCCCUUCCUUGAUCGUUUUCAAGUCCUUGUUUUUGCGCGAGAGCAUGGUCAGGUGGUAGGCUAUUUUCGGGCGAAGUGAGGGGGCUAGUCGGUGGAGGUGUCUCAAGCGAUGGAUGGGACGUUCAAGUUCGCUGAUUUCAUUGCAGGAUGGUUUGGAGGCCUCUGUGGGGUGGUGGUGGGCCACCCCCUCGACACGAUCAAAGUCCGCCAACAGAACUUCGGCACCAACCUCUUCGUGGCGAUUUCGCGCACCUUCCGUCACGAGGGCCCCCCCGGCUUCUUCAAAGGGAUGCUCUGCCCCCUGCUCACCAUCGGCCCCUCCAACGCCAUCCUCUUCGGCGUCUACGGCAACCUCCUGCACCUCACCCUCGACAAUUACCAACCUCGCAAAAUCUCGCACACCGACUGCGAAGCCCUAAGACACGUCUUCGUCGCCGGGACGGUGGGGGGCUUCUUCCAGGCGAUCUUCGUGUGUCCUGCUGAACUGAUCAAGACGCUGAUGCAGAUCAGGACGGGGGGCGGGGGCUCCUGGCGGAGGCACUCCGAGGUGGCUUACAGCGGGUCCAUCGACGCCUUCUUCGGGAUUGUGCGGGACAGGGGGGUUCGGGGGCUCUUCAGGGGGUUUGUCCCCAUGGCAAUCAGGGAUGUCCCCACUAGUGGGUUAUAUACUAUGACCUACGAAGCCCUAAACUCGUACUUUGAGCAAUGUCAUGUGCCCCUGAUGCUGAAACAGACCAUUGCUGGGGGCGCAGCAGGGGUGGCGUCUUGGAUCUUUGUGAUUCCUUUUGAUGUGGUGAAGUCCCGGAUUCAGGCCGAUAGCUACAAUCACCCUGUAUAUAAUGGAAUGUUGGAUUGUUUCUACAAGUCGUAUCAGAAGGACGGUUUAGGGAUUUUUUUCAAGGGGGCUCCUGCGAUUAUGUUGAGGACUUUUCCGGUGAAUGCGGCACUGUUUGUGGGUUAUGAGGCUGUGUUAAGACAUCUGGAAUAAAUCACACGUGACUUACCGUAAUUUUUUUUAAUGUGAAAUAAGGGAAAUUCAAAAGGGCGGAUUUUGGCCCUUAUCUCGAAAACCAUUACUGAUAAGGGAAAACUGAUUACGUAG